AUGGAAUUGACCAGUAUUGCAGUCCAAUGUACCGCAUCCUGCUCGCUGACAACCUUUGGCCAUGAUCCGACGGAUGUGGGCAACAUGCUUAUCCGCAUAGCUCUUGUCAAUAACACUCCUUCUGCCGCAGCAGUGCUGCGCUCUUUGCUUGCUUUAUCCUCAUUGCACCGCUCUGGCCUGCAGUCACAGGCCGCCGAGCUCAAGAUCGGUGCCCUGAAAGCCCUUGGUGCCGCAUUAAAUGGUGAGAUCGGCAAGAUGGAAAAAGUCCAGCAUAUUGCGGCCGGGAUGCUCUUAUGCUCAUUUGAGAUUCAUGAGGCCUCAUGCACCUCUGGCCAAUGGCGGUCGUACAUUAUCGGCGUCAAAAGCGUCAUCAAAACCUUCCCUUUCGACACAUUCAAAAGGAACAGCGACUACAGUGCCUUGCUGGACUGGGUUUACUACCAUGAUGUGUUGUCUCAUUUCAGUCUCACACAUUGGCACCAACCGCUAAUUGAGGUGCCUUUUGUGGACAGAGAUGAGUCGGUAGAGAUCCCAUCGUCGCUGGGAGAUACUGAUCUAUGUAUGGAGACCACAUACCCAACCCAAUCGCCCUUCACCACAAUUCUGAAGCUUUUGGCCGAGGUCUGCGAUCUAGCCACAAAAAAACCGCCUCCUAAAUCCCAAUCCAAAGCAUACGAUGGUUUCAAAAGCUAUCUCCAAAUCAUCGCAUGGAGGAUCCAAUCUAUCUCAAUCUCGGACGAUACAAUCGAAGGAAGCUCAAGCAUGGCAACGCUCGUUGAAUUAUUCCAAUUGGCCACGCUAGUAUACCUCAGCCGAACCUCUGGAAACAUCCUUGAGCCGGCUGCAGAAACUCAACAACGGAUUGAACGAGCCUUCAGUAUCUUUUCCCAGCUCAAUUCUUGUGAACGUCAAUUUCCGUUGCUUAUAUUGGGUUGCGAAGCGCGAACCGAAGUGGAAAGGCGUACGGUCCUCGAUGUACUUUCUAGGACGGAGAAGGGGGCUUCAUCACGCUCCCUAUUUUUGACCAGGAGGCUGAUCCAGGCUAUCUGGGUUCAAGACGACCUCUCCCAAGGCCAGAUUAACUAUACCGAAAAGCUCAGUGCCAUCUUGAGCUGUUGCACUAUUUUGCCCACUUUUGUCUAA